AUGGCGGCUGAGACGGUUUCAUUUAGAGAUGCUGUAGGAAAUGUCGAUCUUCUGGAUGACUUAAUACUUUUGGAUAAUCAGCCAUGCAUUGAAGCACAACCAAUACCGCUAGAAUAUCAUGUAUCAUUCAAUACGAACUUUGAAGAUAGAAAUGCUUAUGUUACCGGAGUUUCGAAGUAUAUCGAGGAAGCAACACGUCAUGCAGAAUUUAAUGACAUAUUAUCUGAAGGAUUCGAACAUGCUGCUCAUCUUUAUACCUGGAGGUGUUGCUCUCGCGCUGUUCCCAUGGCAAAAUCCAAUGACCAGCCGAAUCGAGUUGAAAUAAAUGAAAAAGUUGUUGAAGUAUUGAAUCCUGAAGUGGAGAAGUUACAUCGUUUCAUGCACUUUACGAAUAAGGCUAUUUCUCGUUUCUGUGACGAAAUGAAGAGAUUGUGUCAUCCAGAGAAACGGAGAGAUUUUGUAUCUGAAGCGUACUUAUUAACACUUGGCAAAACGUUAAACAUGUUUGCUGUACUCGACGAAUUGAAAAAUAUGAAAGCAUCGAUCAAAAAUGACUUUUCUACUUUUAGAAGAUCAGCUCAAUUUUUGCAAGUCAUGUCGGAUACAAAGACACUUCAUGAAAUGCAGAAUUUGAGCAUGUUUUUAGCUACCCAAAAUAAAAUCAAAGAUGCACUCAAAACCGAAUUGCAGUUGAUUGAUAACUAUGAAGAAGUUCUUGCUGAUGUCAUCAAUAUCUGCGUGAUAUUGUUUGAAAAUCACAUGUACAUUACUCCUGCAGAAAGACAUAUGUUUGUUAAGGUGAUUGCUUUUGCAUUAUUUUUGAUGGAUGGUGAUAGUGCGAAUGUUUCAAAGUUAGACCAGCGGAAACGAAUUAGCAUUUCAAAACUGGACAAAAUUUUUCAGUCUCUUGAAAUUGUGCCUUUGUUUGGGGAUAUGCAAAUUCAACCAUUCUCAUUCGUCAAAAGAUCUCCUUAUUUUGAAGUUUCUAAAUGGCCUAAUGCUAGCAAUGAAGGUGAAAAGUGUCAUGUAAAUAUCGCGGAAAAACUGAAGGUGAUCCGUGAACAGCAUUUGGAAUAUGUAACAAAUUUAUCUCGACUCAACAACGAGAUUGCUGUGUAUGAUAGGGACGGACCACGUAGCGAUAACGAAAAUCGAGAAAUGACUCAGUUAGUGCUGAAUGGCAUACGUUUUCUUUGCAGUUGGACUAGCGAUGUUGUAGAAACUAUUUCAUGGAAAUUGCUUCAUCCAACUGAUCAUCGUACCAAUACAGCUUGUCCAGAAACAGCUGAAGAAUAUGAAAGAGCCACGAAGUAUAAUUAUCAGCCUGCAGAGAAGGCAGCGUUAAUUGAGGUGAUAUCAAUGAUCAAAAGCGUUCAGCAUAUGCUUUCAAGAAUGGAACCAGUUUUAAGUGUAGCCAUAAGAAGAUAUAUUUAUGCCGAGUUGCAAGAUUUUGUACAGAUAACCUUGAAGGAUCUUCUUCAUAAAGCUUUGAAGAGUAAAAAGGACUUAUUGGCUGGCAUUAUUCAGUCUAUAUGUGAUACAUGUGUGGAUAAUUGUGUUGGAAACUUUGAUCCUCACUCUAUUGAAAUGACCAAAUCAAAAAAGCAAAGGCAUUCUACGGUAGGAUCAAUUAGUGAUAUACGUACAGCACGACGAUCAGUUGCUCCAAGUAGCACACAACUUUAUAUGGCCCGCACAAUGACUGAGUCACUGAUUUCUGAGCGAAGUGGCGGUAAAAAAGCGCUACGUAAAGACAUCGAAUCGAAAUAUGUGGAACGAUUAGCUCAGUUCUUGCGUAUAAGUUUUCAUUGGCCUGCUCUUCUUACUUUUUCAGGCAAUGUAAAUCGUAACCAAAUAAAGGAAGCAGUUUCAGAAUCACUGAGGGAAUGUUGUGAACUUUCUCAAUUAUGGUUUCGAGAGUUUUAUUUAGAGAUGACAAUGGGGCGUCGAAUUCAGUUCCCAAUUGAUAUGUCUAUGCCAUGGAUUUUAACAGAUUAUAUAUUAUCAAGUCAAGAUCCAGCUUUGACAGAGUGUAUUUUUUAUCAACUUGAUUUGUACAACGAUGCUGCUGAUUACGCGUUAAAAAAGUUCAAAAAGCAGUUUUUAUUCGAUGAAGUUGAAGCUGAAGUUAAUCUCUGCUUCGAUCAGUUUGUUUUCAAAGUGAGCGAUGCUGUUUUUACCUACUAUAAACAGCUGGCUUCAAAUAUGUUGCUCGACAAGCGUUUCAAGUCAGAUUGUCAAGCAUUGGGAAUAACAAUUCGAGCACCAUAUCACUAUCGGUACGAAACUCUGUUGUGCCAACGACACGUUCAGCUUCUGGGACGGUCUAUUGAUUUGAAUCGCUUGAUAAGUCAGAGAAUUAAUAUGGCUAUGAUUCGAGCCCUCGAUGUUGCAGUUUCAAAAUUUGAAUCAGAAGAGUUGUCUUCUAUUGUGGAAUUAGAUGGCCUGUUGGAAGCAAAUCGUCUUUGUCACCGUCUUUUGAAACAGCAACUUAAUUCCAUAUCAGACUUUAAUGAACUUCUUUGUGAAGCAAACCAUAGUGUUUCAGCGCCGUAUGGACGUAUUACUUUACACGUUUUUUGGGAAUUGAAUUUUGAUAUUAUAUCUAAUUUUUGCUACAACGGAUCUACUCGCAGGUUUGUCCGAUCUUCAGUGAAGGACUUGAAAAAAAAAGUCCCUCAAAGAGAACGUCCCCCUACAGCUGCUGUGCAUUAUUUUUGGGGCUCUAAGUCCUUGCAUGCUGCAUUUACCAAUUUGUACUCACUAUAUAAUGGUUUCAUUGGAUUACCACAUUUAAAGGCAAUGGCUCGUCUUUUGGGUUAUCAAGGAAUAGCAGUUAUUCUUGAAGAACUAAUUAAAAUUGUGCGCAGUUUGGUUAAUGGUCCUUUACGUGGACAUGUCAAAUCUGUCUUCAGUCUGAUGCCUAAAGUAUGCAAGCUGCCGAGAUUUGAUUACGGUUCUCCAGCUGUAUUGGAAUAUUAUAUCGCACACCUAACUAAUGUUGGUCGUUAUACUGAAUUAAAAAAAGAUAUGUGUCAGGUGUUUCGCGAACUCGGCAAUAUCAUUGUUUUUUGCUCACAAAUCGAAUUAGCUUUGGCUCAGGAAGAAGUAAUGGAUUUGCUCAUGGCUGCACCAUUUACAAAUGUAAUUCCACGUCCACCAGCUAAAAAGGUCGAAGAGCAAGAACAGAAAAUAAAACAGCUGGAGCAAAAAUAUUCUCGUAUUCAAAUUUCUGCCGUUGUAAAUCAAAUUGGUGACGAAAAGCAAAAGGCUAUCUCGAAAGAAGCUGAACUUCUGACUAAGGAACGCCUUUGUUGUGGGCUAAAUAUUUUCGAAAUGUUUAUUCUAAAACUCAAAGAAAUCUUGUCAAUGGAUACAAUUUGGACUGGUGACUUCCCUACCAAUGGAGUCAUGUGGUUGGAAGAAUGUGUUGAAUUUCAUCGUUUGUGGUCAGCACUUCAGUUUUUCUUUUGCCAGCCUCCACUUUCUGGACAAGAAACUUCAAAUACAUCAUCUGAACCACUAGUUGAAGCUGUUUAUGGUGAUGGUUUACAUUGGGCUGGUUGCGCAAUAAUUGCUGUACUGAAUCAACAUCGGCGGUUUGAGAUUCUUGAUUUUAGUUAUCACCUUUUACGAGUUCACCGUGCCGAUGGAAAAGAUGAUGUUGUUCAUGGCAUUAAGCUUUCUCGGAUGGUGGAGAGGAUACGCCGAUUUCAGUUACUGAAUAAUCAGAUAUUUGGUGUGUUGAACAAUUAUUUACAUUCAGUAGGCGAGAACAGUGAUGGUUCCAUAGAAGAACAAAUACGGGAAUUCGCUCCUCCAGUUCAUCAUUCCCUUUCACGAAACUAUCUUGCAAAUAAUUAG